CUCUGAACUUGCUACAGUGGGAUGCAGGCUUUUGCCGUCCCGGUGUAGCUGCGGCGAUGGGGACGAAAGGGGAGACAUAGAGGGAGAGGAAUAGGAAUAGACAGAGCGGACAAGGACCGAGCUAGAGCCGGAGUCGGAGAGCCUAGUCGCUUACCUUAGAGCGCGAUGAUUACUGCAUGGCGCAAUCAUGCUUUCAGGCGUUUAUGGAUAUAGUUCUAUCGCGGUUGUUUCUGUUGUUUUCAGGUUUAGGGGACUGUGAGAUUGAGGCGGGCCGGAAUGGUCGGGAGAGAGGGAGGUGCGGAGAGGGAGCCUUCUGUGAAAGCAAAACAGUGUGGGAUAGUGAAUUUGUUGGUAUAAAUAAGUGGAUCGUGAUUUAUGCUUUAUUUGUUUCUGUCUUUGUUUUUUGAUAGCUUGGCCGUAUGCGUGCUGUGGAGCGGGGCUGGAAUGAUGUGCGUGGAUAUUGUCGUGCGUCGGUGAGAGCGCGGUAGGGCCCAGGCGGUGUGGCUCAUUGUAUUUUAUUUUCUCGGUUCAUGGUAGAGGAAUCGAAGCUUCUUCUGGUCCUCUCCUCUUGUUCACUUUCAGCUUCGGUGUGUAAAAGAAGCUUUAGACCUUGUUGCAAGUUUUAGUAAGGGAAGGAGUGAAUCGGGGAUCUGAGCGGGUUGAGUACUAAGAUUGUAGGUGAAUACGGAGCUAGGUUGUUGUAAGGGGGCGAUUCAAUAGGUUGAUUGAUACAUAGUUUUUUUUUUUUUUUUUUUUUUUUUUUUCCCAAUACUGUGAGCGCGGAGGUUUGUGUUGCUUCCGGUCCUAGUGCUCUAGGCCUUGCCCCAUGGUGUACGAUUGUAGGCACACAGUGGAGGCUUAGAAUCUAACGAAGUCAGUGAAAAUUUUUCUGCGCCGGACGAGGCCGUAGUGCCAUAGUCCUCGGAUUAGCGUUAUCCUUUGGAAACCGCACUUCACUUGCUGGAAGUGAGACCAUAGCUGAAGUGGUACUGAAGGCAUCGGAGGAAUAUCAAUUUUGAAGUUGAAAUGACACAUGUGAAACAGUGGAAUUUUUUUGGAAACUUCAUCGGUUGAAAUUUUGGACGGCAAGGGUGCAGAAGCUUGAGCUCAUCCCCGAUUUUACAAUAUCAGCAUGGAUGAAGGAGAUAUUGGAGCUGUAGACGACUCUCACGCCCUAGUUGUUCUUCCUUUGGAAAAUAACGUCGCGGAUGAAGGGCCGCGCAAUGAGCUCCUUCAAAUGCAAAGAAUCCGUGAGCUGGACAUGGAGCCAUUAGAGGAGGAAGCUGAUUCUGAAGCUGGUCAUUCCCUCAGUUACAAUGACUCAAGUUCAGGUGGACGAGGGGAUGGAGGCGGUGGUCAAAUGGGUGGAUUUACUUUCGACACCAACUUGGCUUCCAUGCACACUUAUUUAGGAGAGGUCGAUGAUGUACACAGUAGUCGCUCCUUUGCCGAUGGUGGUGCGCUCCUUACGCUGCCAAUGUUCUAUCUGGAAGGGAUAGUAUUAUUCCCUGAAGAUACACUACCGCUCCGAGUUCUGCAACCAAGAUUUAAGGCUGCAGUAGAUAGAGCUAUGCGAAAUGACGAAGCUUUGAAUACAAUUGGUGUGAUACAUGUACGAGCAAGAGAUGGGCAUGUCCACGUCGCAUCUAUUGGGACGACUGCUGAAAUUCGUCAACUACGCCAUCUCACCGAUGGCUCCAUAAAUGUGGUAACUAAGGGUCGCCAACGGUUCCGCGUCUGCAAAGCUUGGACUGAAGCUGAUGGAGCAUUGUUUGCUCAAGUUCAAAUUAUCGAAGAGAAAAUUCCUUUGCAUGUUCCAAGAGAUGCAUUCAGCCACCUAGCCGCAGUUUCUGCCUUCCACAGCGGCAAAGUCCCUCGUGCAGCUACAACAUCUUCACUUCUGCAUGAGCAAAGCGAUGAUGAGGCAGGUCUUCAAGCUGAUGUUGACGGUUCUGAUGAUUUCGAGUCCGAUUCUGGACCUGAAGCAAGGUUGCUGCGAAGGUCGAUGCUGCGAACAUUGCUGACACGAUUUGCAAGUGAGAGCACUGAGCUUCUUCGGGCUCUGGAAAGAGUAGUGGGAGAAGAUGAAAGCAGUGAGAGGGAGAGGUUGAGAUGGUGGUUUCGAAGAAGAAGAGUUCGUCGAAGAAGCUUUGACGAUUUUGAAGUAGGAAAUGAUAGAGGUGAAGAACCUGAAUCAAGUGGAGAAUUGCGUUUAGGCGAUGCAUUACAUAGCAAUGAACGACGUGUGUACCCUGGAGAGCCUUCUGGAAUCUCUAAUGGGCAUUCGACGAGUGUGAAAAGGCCUCCUGAAGGUGGUCGUGGUGGUUGUUGGAAGGCCUGGGCUGCUGAUGCAGGGAAAUGGAGAUGCAAAGCCCAGCGAUCAGCCUGGCCUUAUUGGGUCUACCGCCAAUUUGAUGCCUAUGAUUUGGCAAGGAGAGCUGCUGACAUGUUAAGGCAGAUGGCCGAACUUCCUCGUGUGGAAGCUAUGGUCCGUACACCUUCUUUGCUGUCUUAUUACAUAGCCAGUAACAUGCCUCUUCAAGAUGCUACCCGGCAGGAACUUCUUGAAGUUGAUGGAACCGUGUAUCGUCUGCGACGGGAAAUUGAGUUGUUGGAGUCAAUGGAUCAGCUUCGCUGCAAACGAUGCUUGGAUAUAAAAGCAAGGCGUAGUGAGAUGCUUGUGAUGUCAGCAGAAGGGCCCAUCAGUGCUUACGUCAACGCACAUGGCUAUGUUCACGAGACUCUCACUUUGCAACGAGCUUGUAGGCUCGUCUUGGCUGGGCAGCCUCAGACGGCCAACAGCUGGUUUCCUGGGUACGCCUGGGCUUUAGCCGAGUGCUCUGCCUGUACUGAGCACAUGGGAUGGCGAUUCACAGCUGUUGCCAAGGAAACCAGACCGAAGGCUUUUUGGGGCAUUCGCAGGUCACAACUGGCAGAUAACAGUUCUUAGAACUGUUGUAAACCUCUCAUGGAAUGUUAAGCAGUCUGGAUAAGUUCAUCUUCAAUGAUUUUGUAGAUUAGUCACACUGAAAAAGCUUCAGGUUGGUUGCAUGUAGUUUAUUGCUUUGAAUAUGGCCAUAGACCACAGCAUGACUCGUGUCAAUGUUAUGAAAUGUGCAGGUUUUUUCUUUUCUUUUUUUCUUCUUUUUCUUUUCUUUUUUCAAAUCUUCCUUCCUCUUGUGGAAGUGCCACUGUUCACGAACUGAAGAACUUAUUGAGGCCUCUGAAACCUGGUGCUUGGUCGCACUAGUUCUCACGAGCUAUCAUCUCAUCGUAAUAGGUUAGUUGAAUUCAGCUUUUAUCCCCUACUGGAGUUGUCUUCAGAAGGCAGUAUUUGCCAGAUAGGUUGUUCAUUCUUGAUAUAAAUUCUGUGUUCUCUGAACAAGCCUCCUUCAUUGAGAUCAGCUCCAUUAAGGACCAUGUGGUUAUUUUUACAAUAUUAACUUCAAGUCAGUUUCGACGUCGUAAGUGUUUGGUUAUCAGA